CUGACACUACUGUCAGUGUCAUGUCAUGGGUAAUAACCUAUGCUAAAAACAGUAAAAACUUUGAAAUCAUGUCAUUUUUAAAAUAUGGGCUGAUAUUUUUGUUUUUCGUAUUCCUGAAUUCCUGCAAUGGGGAAAGAACUAAAGACAGGAUGUAUAUUCCUAUUAAAGCCACAACCCCUUGUUUCAGAAGAUUGAAUGCAACUCAUCAAACGGGUUGUUCAUCUGUCCGAGGAGGAAGCAAAGGUGUAGUACACUACUGUACCAAGGAGGAAGAUCUGCAGUUUAUAUUAAAAAAUGGCACUGCAGGUCCUUAUGUACCAGUAAUUCCAGUGGGCUUACUAACUAAAAAACUUGUAACAGUAUUGGAAGAAAGUACAAAAAUAUCAGGCCUUGUUCUCUAUUUGAACAACGACACAUUAAAUAGUUUCACCCAUGAUUUACAAUGUCCAAAUGAAAAUUUCGGAGUCCCAAAUACAUGUACUAAGGAGGAAAAUGGGGGAAUGUGGAACCAAUUCGGGACUGGACUCCUCUUUGAGGAUAUUACAUUUCCCAUAUUUUAUAUGGACGAUUUUAAUGAACUUCAUGCUGUAAAAGAAUGUUUUGAGAAAUUCAACAAUUUUUCCUAUGAAACACAAAGAGAUCGGUCAUUAUGUUCUGUACAAAUGAAUUCAUUUAUGUACGGUGCUAAAAACACUCCUACUUGUAUAAGGCGGUCCAAUAUAGCUACUAAUUUGAAUCCUAUGAGAGUUUGCGAUCCUUUAGGAGACAAAAAUAUUUGGGCAACAUUAUUCCCCAUAGCUAAAUAUAACAAUACUACGGGUGAAGUGAAACCCAUUCUUGGGCAGAAAUACAUCAUCAUCGCUGCAAGAAGUGAUACAGCGUCAAUGUUUGAUAGAACUUCUGGUGCAGAGAGUCCGAUAACUGGUUUUGUUACCCUUCUUACCACUUCUAAAAUUUUGAAGAAUAUGCUUCCAAAGAAUGAUGGCGACUAUAAUACUAAUAUACUUUUCGUCAUAUUCGAUGGAGAAACUUUUGAUUACAUUGGUUCACAAAGAAUGUUGUACGAUAUGGAAAGAGGAAAUUUUCCGGUUGAAACUGAAAAUGGAACCUCCACAUUCUUACCUGUUAUUAGAGCCAACGAUAUCUUGUUGUUCCUUGAGUUCAGUCAGCUAAGCAGAACAAAUGAAAUUGUUUUUGCUCAUCGUUACAAAGUGGAUGAAAUGAAUGACAAUUUCACUCGACUCCUGAUAUCCAAUAGUCCCAUUUCGAUAACUGUUGAACCAUCUGAUGGUACACUACCACCGUCUUCUGCCCAAACGUUCCUGAGGGAAUACUCUAAUAUCUCGACUAUCAUUCUAGCCAAUCACCAAAAGCAAUAUUCAAAUAAAUUCUACAACUCUAUUUUUGACAAUUCAUCCAAUAUAAAUUAUAAGUAUAACAAUAAAUCCAGUGUUUUGCCGAGUGACAGUAUUCAGAAACAUCUAUACAGUCUUGCUUAUACAGUUUCCAAGAGCGUAUACCAAUUGAUCACCAAUAAGACCUGGAGUGAUGAUGAUAACGCAGAGGCUGAAUAUGUGGAUUUGGUGGACGAACUGUUGCAUUGUUAUCUGGAAGAUCAAAAUUGUAAAAUUCAUCAGGCUGUUGGAAAACAACCACAGAAGUUCCAUGAUAAUCAUACUAUGAGCUUGUAUGUGGGUAUUGACGGAUCACCAAGUGACGCUACUACUCUCAUAGGCUUCAUUCUUGGCUGGUUCACUGGUGAUAUAGUCGGAGAGUCUACUCAGAAUUGUACCAAUUUAUCAAAAAAUUAUGCAUUCCGUUUCUAUAAUAUGUCUGUUAGUACAGAUAAACUCAAUACCACAAAAUGCUUCAGUAUGGUAAUGAAUUUCACUGAAGCAGUAAGUCCAGCUUUCAUCAUUGAAGAUUACGAUUGGUCUUCAAACAAGUACAGCAGUUGGACAGAAUCUACGUGGGGAGAAAUUAGUAUGCGCUUGUUCCUAAAGCCUUCAGCGGCUCAAGAAAGUAUGACCAUGGCUAUCGGGUGUAUCGCGAUGAUAUUCUCGUUUUUCUUAGUAUAUUUAAUCAAGUCGCGGUCUCACGUACUCUUCACACCAGAACACGUUGAGCCUAUCCCUGUGGAUUGUUAGCAGUACCUAUAUCGUUCUCUGCAUUCUGAAAAUCGACAAAUUGAUUCGGAUAGCAAUUCUUGUGUUUCUUAGACGUUCAAAAGUGGAAAUGUGUCGACGUAACCAAAGAAUAACUGGAUGUAAAAAUCGUGUAUUCGCAAGAUUUUAUGUUUACUAGUUUCAAGACUGACUAAAACGUUUUUUUAGCUUUUUUACUCGAUAAUAAGAAGGUAAAGUUGUCACUGAGUUCAAGGUUUAAUUUUAUUGAUUGAACCAAUAAUUUCUCAUUCAAUGCUCAAUUCUGAAUUUCCAAUCUCUAGUUACAGUUUGUGUUUGAGAAUUAUGAUCUCCAUUGAUUCUUCUUUAACCUAACCUAAUCUUUCUUUAUCACUUGUAACAAACUUUAUAAAUGGUAUAUUAUAUAAUUAAAUGAAUUGAAAGAUAAA